AUGCAAACCAGCUCGCGACCCAAGGUCGAGGCUAACGCAAAGUCAUGGAAGAAGACCAACCGCAGCAAAUCUACGCCUCCCAUCAUUACCGACAUCCCUCUCGUUCAGCAUCAUAUCGUAACCAUCCCCUCUCCCGUUGCUGUACCGGAUGUCCCCUCCAUGAGCCGCCUCCGUCACCCUUCUUCACUUCAGCAGAUGAACAACCAAGAAGUCCACGAUGCGCGCCGGGUCUCCCAAUUUUCAAAUGUUUCUUCAAAUGCGUCCAGCACCCGCCUACAAAAGACCCAUAUCGGCCCAUGGCAGUUGGGCAAGACCCUGGGCAAGGGCGCCUCUGCCCGCGUUCGCCUUGCGCGUCAUCGCACCACCCAUCAGCUGGUCGCCAUCAAGAUUGUAGCCAAGAGCACUGCCCAUGUUACGCAAGCUACGAGUAUGGUAAACCUGGAGCGAGUCGACUACCGCAAGCCAAGCACAAGCGCCGACGGGGUCCGCCGAAUGCCCCUCGCCAUUGAGAGAGAGGUUGCUAUCCUGAAGCUCAUUCAGCAUCCAAACAUCAUCAAGCUGCAUGACAUUUGGGAGAACAGGCAGGAUAUCUACCUCGUCACCGAGUACGUCGAAAAGGGUGACCUGUUUGACUUCAUCAACUGGAACGGCCGCCUCAAUGAAGAGGAAGCAAUUUUCUACUUUCGGCAAAUAAUGAGCGCCCUCGAGUAUUGCCACAGCUUCAACAUCUGCCAUCGGGACCUGAAGCCCGAGAACAUCUUGCUCAAGUCAGAUGGCCAAAUCAAGAUUGCCGACUUUGGCAUGGCAGCCCUGCACCAGGAGCCAACCCAUCACCUCAAAACCGCUUGCGGCAGUCCUCAUUAUGCUGCACCCGAGCUGCUUAAGCAUCAACCCUACAAGGGCUCAGCCGUGGACAUCUGGGCCAUGGGAGUCAUCUUGUUUGCCAUGUUGGCUGGCCGUCUCCCCUUCGAUGACAAUGACAUGGACACCAUGCUUCAAAAGGCCAGAAGAGGCCAUUACAAGAUGCCAAACGAUCUCUCCCGAGAGGCUAAGGACCUUAUCCGGAAGGUUUUGGUCGUCAACCCAUUGCAACGCAUUACCAUGAAGCAGAUGUGGAAGCAUCCCCUCAUCAAGAAGUAUGACUAUGUCGACGAUUAUCAGCAAAGCGAUGGUCAACCGCAGGACGUCUUGAGGAACGCAGACAUCGGUCCAAUCCCAGAGAAGGAAGUUGAUCCCCAGAUCCUCAGACAGCUCAAGUCCAUGUGGCAUGCUUAUUCAGAGGCCCAAAUCAAAGAGAAACUUGGCCAAGAGAAACCAAACGACCAAAAGGUGUUUUACUGGCUUCUCUAUCGACACAGAAAUGCACAGCUCGAGAACUACAACAACGACAUUCCCAUUUCAAAGAGCGAUUUCCACCACUUGAAGCCCCCUAGCUGGGGAAAGCGCAUUUCGACCUGCGAAUUCACGCAGCCCUUUAGAAAUGGUCAUGGGAGGAGCAUUUCCAAGUUCACCGUCAUCUCCAACGUCGCCGAAGUUAAUGAUUCCGGCACUGUCAGUAGCUAUGAUCCUUACAGAGCGUCACAAGUCCUGCGCAAUUGCGCUUCGGAAGCGAGCCACGCAAGGAUCAUAGUCCACCGCAAUCCCUCCGAGCCAGGCACCCGGUCCAACACGUCGAACAUUGCCCAUUCGUACAACUCCUAUACAUCUUUUGGCGGUUCAUUCCGUAGGCGGCCGAGGAUGAACUCUCAACGCACGAAUACCACAGGGCGCUUGCGAUCUUCCAUGGGAUCCAUGGGUUCACUUAGGAGUAUCAAUGGCACACCUCGGGUGCGGGCAAACAACCGAUCCAGGAGGGGUGUUGACUUUUCCAGCAUUCGUGCCAGAGACCGACUCCAGGCUCGGAUUCGGGAGAAUGUGCGGGCUGCUUCGAGCAGUGUAGCUGGUAGCAGUGUGGUUGAUAGACGCGAUUCUUGCCGGCAGCAGCUGAGACAGAAGGCCUCGGAUAUCCAUUCUGCCGACAACACUCUGAAAUCGAGAGAUGAGACGCUCAUCUGGGACGAGGAACUGCAGCAGCUCGGCUAUAGAAUUGCAAUGGACUGCGAUGAAGCAUUCCGUAGCUCUCUUGUCGGGUCUGAAUCUAGUGUUGCUGUUAGCGGGUCUCGUGAGAACAGUCCAUUUUCUCUCUCCCUGGGCACAUCUUCGCCCUCUCCACAGCCAGAGUCGUCGACGGCAUUACCUUCUGAACAACAAGCCGCCAGCCAUUCGUGGGUGAACCGGCCUCUCCCUCCGAUCCCAUCUAUCGAAGUAUCUCCGGCUGCAAAUCAGACAUAUGUGGUCAAUGUCCAUCCAGCUCCCCUCAGGAUAGAGCGUCUUUCUCUAGGCAAUUGCCCCUCACAGACCAUUGUUCCAGACCGUCGUAUUGUCUCGGAGCCUGCCUACACGACACCUGCAGGCAGGGAUCCCCGACAACUACCGUCCAUCUAUGAGACGGCGUCUGAAGACUGGACGCGCAAUGCUUCCACCAGGUGGGCCUCUCCUGAAACACCAUCACCGGCUGAGAACAACAAAGCGCUGGACUACCUGGCUAGAGCUGAGAACACUAUUCGUGUGGUCAACUCUCCCACGGCAGGACCCGUUCCUAUGCCGGAGCCUCUCAAUGUUCGCAAGGUCUCCAAGACGACCUCAGCCGCGCCUUCUGAAAGCAACUACCGCAAGACGGCCUUGUCGAACAUCCCUCCUGAUUACAAGGAGAACUGCCCACUGGGAACACAGCAGGAAGGCCAGGAUGUUGGCGAUAACACUGUCAAUGCCGGCGCUCCAGCCAAGAAGCGUGUUCCAUCCUGGUUCAGACGGUCCUCCAAAGAGAACACGAGCUUUGCCAACACAGCCGAUACGACUGUGAAUCACAAUGAUACCACAAUCAUCUCCGAUAUCCAUCAGCAACUAGACGGACUUCAGUCACAGUCUAGUGCUAGACCAGGCCCGUACCCGAACAAGAAGAAGGCCUUUAGCUUUGCAUUCUGGAAGGGAUCCAAGAGUGAGAACUCGUCGCCUACUGCAUCGACUUUCGAUAUCAGCACCAACAAAGACGGCGGUGGGAAGAAACACAAAUCCAGCAAGAGCGAGUCGAGAGUGGUCAGCGGCGCGACUUCGCAGAGCUGGGGUGAGAGCGAAGGGGGUGGCCGUCAAAUUGAGGUUCAUCAGAACUGGCUGGCCCGGCUAUUCCGGGUCAAGCCUGCUACGCGACACCUGUGCUUCUCCAUGCCUAGACGGCGGGCUCGGCAAGAGGUGGCGAUCCUGCUCAGGGAGUGGCGCCAGUUCGGCAUCAAGGAUGUCGAGGUUGAUAAGGAACGCAACAUCAUCUUUGCUCGCGUGGGCGCCCAGAAUGUGCACAAUGUCAAGGAGGUCUCGUUUGCGAUUGAGAUCAUGAUGGUGAUUGAGCAUGGCAAGCGUAACCAGCGAACCCAACUCAGCAUUGCGCGCUUCACGCAGGAGAAGGGAGCAGCUAGCAGCUUCCAUAAGGUUGUUGAUGCGAUCAACGUGGAGUUCCGUAACCGCGGGCUUCUUGUCACCGACAAGCGCAAGACGCAGAUGAUGAUCAAGACGCUCAACUCUUGA